AUGAAAAUGGUUGUUGAUACAGAAUACUACGACUUACUUGGCAUUGAAGUCACAGCUACUUCACUUGAAAUCAAAAAAGCUUAUAGAAAGGCGGCUAUACGUUUGCACCCCGACAAGAAUCCCAAUGAUCCGACCGCUGCUGCGAAAUUCCAAGAAGUUGGUCAGGCAUAUCAGGUCUUGAGUGAUGACGCAUUGCGAGCCAAGUAUGAUAAGUAUGGUAAACAGGAAUCAAUACCAUCAGAAGGGUUUGAAGACCCAGCAGAGUUUUUCUCCAUGAUCUUUGGUGGAGAGGCAUUCAAGGAUUGGAUCGGAGAGUUGAGUUUGCUUCAAGAAUUGACAAAGUCUGCUGAACUCUCUGGAUACGGCGAUGAUGAUGAUGAUAAUAAUGGCAAAGAUGACGUGACUAAGAAGGAGGAGAACGAAACUCAGGGGAAAAACGAAAAGAAAGAGGGAUCAGGAGGAAACGAGAAAGGUGCAAAGGAUUCAAAAAAUACACCUACAUAUAGCGAACAUGCAGCACAAGAAUCACAGGAUACCGAUGAAAGACCAUUUAGUUCUUCAAGUAACCAAAAACUACUUUCAAAUGCGGCGCAUGAUGACACCAAGCUAACGCGCAAGGAACAAGAGGAGAAGAGGAGGAAGGAGGAGUUGGAAAAAUUUGAAGAAGAGUGUAGGAUAAAGAAGAUUGAAACAAGGAAUGAAUUGGCUAAGAAGUUGAUUGAGAAGCUUUCGCUAUUGACGGAAACAGAUAUGAAAGACGAUGUGGUAGAAUCAUUUAAAGCGAAAAUUAAAUAUGAGGCCGAGUCACUCAAAAUGGAGAGUUUUGGGUUGGAGAUUUUGCACACCAUUGGACUUGUAUACAAAAGCAAAUCCAAGAUUUUACUAAAAAACCAAACAUUUUUUGGGUGGGGUGGUUUAUGGGCAUCGGUCAAAGAGAAGGGUGGAGUUGUUAAAGAUACUUUUAGAACGAUUUCUGCGGCUCUUGAUGCUCAACGAACAAUGGAAGAAUAUGCGCAGAUGCAACAGGACAAUGAAUAUCAUGCAAAGAAAGAGGCAGAGGAGGAGGAGAUGAAAAAGAAGAAUGCCGAUGCGGAAAAGUCUAAAUUACAAGAGCAACUAGAUAAAGUACAUCGCGAACAAGAAGAAGCACAAGCCAAGGAGACGUUAGGCGAGAUUCCAAAGGAGACUUCUAAGGAUACUGUAAACGAAACUUUAGGUGAGGAUAGUAAAGGUCUGAAACCCCAAGCUGAACCAACAAAGCACACGGCCGAAGAUUUGGCCGAGAUGGAAAAGUUUUUGCUUGCUAAAGUGUUAGCGGCUGCAUGGAAUGGAUCCAAGUUUGAGAUCCAAGGAACUUUGCGUGCCGUCUGCGAUUUGGUUUUAGAUGAUGAGGAAGUACCAUUGGAAAAAAGAGUAGCGAGAGCUCAAGCGAUGAAGUACAUUGGUGAAGUCUUUUCCAGUAUAACGAGGACAGAGGCCGAGGACGAAGAAGCAAGGGUAUUUGAGGAAUUAGUUGCUGAGGCUAGUAAAAAGAGAGAGAAAAAGAAGAAACCAAAGGCCGAAGCUAAGUAA